AUGGCCGCCGUAGAUAUAGCUUUUAGAGAUUACGGUUCAGUAAGCGAGAUCCUAGAUACUAUCGAUACGUAUAAGAAAGUCGGUCAUUUAGAGGAUAAGAUCCUUAAGGUAAUUCAUGUCCGGGAAGAGAUGAGAAAUAUGCCGGUUUUCCGCCAAUAUCUUGAGCACAAUAUAGACAAUUUCAAAGGAAAUGCCAGGGGAGCGGAUUUAUUUAGUAAGGCUUUGGCUCGCCGGCUAGCUGAUAAUGAAUUAGAUAAGAUAUAUUCCGAGUCUAUAAGAAUAAAGUUUGCUAGGCAAACGAAUCGGGAUAUAUACAGAAAGUCAUACGCGUAUCCUCUUAGUGAGGUUAAUAGACUAGUAAACUACCUCGGAAUUGCCAUCCGAUAA